GGUUCGGCCAGUUCCCUCAUUCUCGGCGAAGAGGAAAGAACUGGAAGACCUGGUGCCAGGACGGAACUUGGUGGAGAGUUGACUCAUUCCAAAGUGACGUGGUAGAUCUUGGGGUUUUGGAAGGUGUCGGGAGAAGAAAGGGUACAAGUGAGGCUCUUGGGGAAAGGUGUGGCUCGUUUUGCAAGAGUGUUUCGCAAGAGGGAACUUCUGUGGAGUCUAUGGGAGAACUGAAAACCCAGAUGGCGACUGAUUUCGGCUGUCUGCGGCUGCACCGUCCCGAGGUGUCACGUGACUACCGUCUGCCGGUGACCGGCGCAGCACGUGACCUGACCUCUGACCGGUGCCGGGUCACCGCCUGCUCGCCUCCGCCGUACCGGGCGUGCUCGCCUCCGGCGUACCGGGCGUGCUCGCCUCCAGUGUACCCAGAUUCCACGGCUGGGCGCUACGAUCAGCCCCUGUCGGAGGCGGCGAACCCCCGUCUGCUCUCCCCCGAUCAGACCCGCGACCCGGCAGCGCUGGCCAAUAGGGAGCGCAGUCUCAAGGUCACACCGCCAGCCUCAGUCGCUGCAGGCACUGUGCAGAUCAAACGUGAGGGCGCGCCACCGGCACUUGUGCGCGUGGCACCCGCACCGCGAGCCCCCGCGCCGCGACCGUCUAAAGCGCGCCAGAAUGACGGUCUGCGCAAGAAACGGCGACUAGCGGCGAACGCCCGGGAGAGGAGGAGGAUGGACAAUCUGAACCAGGCUUUUGACCGCCUGAGAAGCGUGCUUCCCUCCAUUGGAGAUGACAGGCAGUUUUCAAAGUAUGAGACACUCCAGAUGGCUCAGAGCUAUAUCACGGCCCUGGCAGACCUACUGGGUUGAGCUGUGAGCUAUGAACUGUGAGCUGUGAGCUAAGCUGGACUGAGCUUGGUUGUGCGAAUUUGUGAUGAGCCUUGUUCGUCUGUUUUGGGAAUCGGUCAGUAUUCAGCAUUGAAGAAAAUGCGUCUGCUGGCAAGUCUGAUGUCAUCAUAGUUAGAGCGACUAGAAAGUAUUAGCGCAAAUAGCUUGUGAAGCCCACCUGCGUCGGUUAACGUCCCAGUGCACCACCGCGAGUGUCCUGUAUUAUUGACCAGUGCACCACACCUAGUGUUUGAAUAGUCUCAGCACUUUUAGCCGUUGCUUAAUAUGCAUUCAACUGUUACAAUGUCUUCAGCCUGUAGUAUGAUAUGUCCAUUGUCCGUAGAACCAGAGGGCGUCCAAAUAACAAAAUCUUUGAUUUUAGUCUCCUUUCAUCAUAAAAGGUAUUAUAGUGGUUUGAUAAAAGCAUAAAUGUGAACAAAUACGAGUGGGACUGACGCAAGACGUGGAUCGAAAAUGCGAUGGCAUUGAUAAACUGUGAUUCGCGUGGGACAGACUCGCCAAGUAUUUAUUGUAUGUGUGACUCUUCUGCAAUCUGCAUGCGUGUGAAAGUGACCAUAAAAUCUUUCUUCCCUGUAUCUUUCCUCUGUAUGUAAACGAACUCUGUAGAGACAAUGCUGCUCAUAGUUGAUAAUUGUAAUGUGAUGA